AGAAUUUGGCGAUGGUUAAAAAUUUAUUCGCACCUUCAACUUCGGUGGGUUAAGACGCGUUUAUCAAUUUGUAGAAGAACAAAAGUUACAAUUAAAAAAAAACGAUAAAAACUGUCAAAAUAAAAGAGUUAAGUGACCCGAAGUAAAGAAUGACAAAUUAAAAAGUUUAAAAUUAAACAAAUUUUAAAAAUUGUGCAAUCUUAAUCAAUCAAAAGUGGAUACAAAAAUGUCAAAUUUUAAUAAGAACGACCACGGUGAAUAUGUGUGGAUCAAUCCGGCUAAGAAAGAUGAAUUUUCUGUUCCAACUGGAGCCCGCAUCAUUCGAACAGACAAAGAGAAAACCUUCGUGGUUGACGAUGAAGGUCGACAAUUUUGGAUACCGUCAUCGGAAGUUCUCAAAGCAAUGCACUUAUCAUCACAAAAUGGCGUCGAGGAUAUGAUAACUUUGGGUGAUUUACAAGAAUAUGCAAUUUUACGUAAUUUAUAUAUUCGCUACAAAAACAAACAAAUCUAUACUUACACUGGUGCCAUGUUGGUUGCCAUCAACCCGUAUGAGAUUCUAUCGAUUUACACUAAUCGCGAGAUAGCGUUAUAUCGAGGACGCAAGUUAGGCGAAUUGCCGCCGCAUAUAUUUGCGAUAAGCGAUAACGCUUUUGAACAAAUGAAGCGUGAAGCGAUGAAUCAAUGCAUAGUGAUAAGCGGUGAAUCAGGUGCUGGCAAGACCGAGAGUACAAAGUUGAUAAUGCAAUAUUUGGCUGCAAUCAGUGGAAAGCAUUCGUGGAUUGAGCAGCAGAUUAUCGAGGCAAAUCCGAUUAUGGAGGCAUUUGGCAAUGCCAAAACCGUGCGCAAUGAUAAUUCUUCUAGGUUUGGUAAAUACAUCGAUAUCAGGUUCAAUGAUGCGGGGGUGAUCAAGGGUGCUCAGAUCGAACAGUAUUUGCUUGAAACAUCGAGAAUUGUUUCGCAGAGCAAGCAAGAGAGGAACUAUCAUAUUUUCUACUGUUUGUUGGCUGGCUUGAGUAAGGAUGAGAAAAAAAGGCUGGAUCUGGAAGAUGCUGGGAAAUACCACUAUUUGGCACAGGGUGGCUGUCUUAAGCUGGAAGGCAAGAAUGAGUCUAAAUCUUUCGCUGAUAUUCGAUCAGCCAUGCAAGUUCUGUCAUUCAAACCCGAUGAGGUGUGGCAGAUCUUCUCUCUGUUGGCGGCCAUUUUGCAUUUGGGUAAUUUGAAAUUCAAAAGUGCUGUUCUCCAUAACAUCGACUCAUCAGAAAUUCACGACACUGUAAAUGCAACGAGAAUUGCAAGUUUUCUCGGUGUUCCCAAGACACUGCUGUGUGAAGCUCUUACGAGAAGAACGAUUUAUGUCCAUGGCGAGAAAGUGGUUACGUCAAUUUCUAAGGACAUAGCCUUAGAGGGACGGGAUGCAUUUGCUAAAUCACUAUAUGGCAAAAUAUUCACAAGAAUUAUAGAAUGUAUAAAUGAGACAAUAGACAAGGACAAAGAAACCAAACGCAUGAAGUCAAUUGGGGUCUUGGAUAUUUUUGGAUUUGAGAAUUUCCCAGUGAAUAGUUUCGAGCAACUUUGCAUCAAUUAUGCAAAUGAGAAUCUUCAACAGUUCUUUGUUAAGCAUAUUUUUAAAAUGGAACAAGCUGAAUACCAAGCAGAUGGAAUUGAUUGGGAAAACAUAGCAUUUAAAGAUAAUCAAGAAAUUUUAGAUUUAAUUGCUGUUAAAUCGGUUAAUGUUAUGUCACUGAUUGACGAAGAAUCUAUAUUUCCUAGAGGAACUGAUGCAUCAUUGUUGGAAAAACUUCAUUUAACACAUGGUUCAAGAAGUAUCUACAUCAAGCCAAAAUCUUCACAGACAGCUUUGUUCGGAAUUGUACAUUAUGCUGGUGUUGUUAUGUAUAAUCCAAAUGGUUUUCUUGAAAAGAAUCGAGACUCGUUCAGUAUGGAUCUUCGUGAGAUGGUUGCUAAAUCUUCCAACAAAUAUCUACUGAAGAUUUUCUCAUCUGAACUUCAUACAGAUGCGGUGAAGAAACAAACAACUUUGUCAGUAAAAUUCCGUAAUUCGCUGGAUGCUUUAAUGAAAACACUCUCAUCAAGCCAUCCGUUCUUUAUUCGUUGUAUCAAACCAAAUGAAUUCAAGGCUCGUAAUGACUUUGAUAGUGAACUUUGUGUCCGUCAACUUCGAUACUCUGGAAUGAUGGAAACAGCACGUAUUCGACGAGCUGGCUACCCCAUUCGACACACUUUCGCUGAGUUUGUUGAGCGCUAUCGAAUCCUCUUUCCAGGCAUUAAACCAGCACACAAGACCGACUGUUUAGCGGCUACGAGGAAGAUUUGCAAAGAAAUCCUUCCACCUGAUUCGGACUAUCAAUUCGGACAGCGUAAAGUGUUUCUCAAGUACAUAGCCGAUACAUUUUUGGAGAAAGAAAGAUCCCAAAAAAUCCUCCAGUCAAUAACACUCAUUCAACGUGGCUUCAGAAAAGUUCUCUUCAAACGGUAUCUGACGAAAUAUCGUGAUGCAGCAAUAGUUAUUCAAAAACAUUGGCGUAGUCGACAACUUCGAAGAAAUUUCCUAAUCAUCCAAAAGGGAGUGCAUCGACUUCAGGCCUGCAUCAGAUCCCGUCAACUGACCUACAAAUUCACCAUGAUGCGAGAAAGUGUGAUUAGGCUUCAGGCUCACUGUCGAGGCUAUCUACUGCGCAAGAAAUUCCUAACUGUGUCAUCGGAUAAGCAACAAGAAAUGAAAAGAAUUAAGAUUCUAAGAGUUCUGGAAGAGAAGAAAUAUCAUCAAUCUGGUGAUCGUCAAUGGAAGACCAAAGCCGAAGCUAACUACAACCAAAGACUUAACGAAUUAAAUAAGAAUUUCGCAAAUACCGUCAAUCAUAUAAAACCCAAGACACCUGAAGACAUUAAUAUGAAUUUCGAUUUUGAUUUCGACAGUGAAGUCAAUCAAGCUUUUGGAUUUUUGGACACAGCCGAUGAGCCAUCUGGACCCAAUUACUCAAGACCUUCAAAAUUUACCAGCAAAACUAUUCGAAUGCCUAAAACUAAACACAUCGACUUGAAAACUUCCGAUUAUAACUUUUCAAGAUUUGCUGCAACAUAUUUUAACUCAAAGGCAACUCAUCAUUUUACUAAGUUACCAUUGAAAACAUCACUCCUUCACCAUCCUCUUCCAAAUGAUGAAAUAUCAGCACAGGCAGUUUGGAUAAUGAUUUUACGUUUUAUGGGAGACAUGGAAGAACCUAAAAACGAGGAAUAUUUUAACGAACAUGAAGAAAAACAAUCUUUAAAUUCUCCAAUAAUGGAAAAGCUUGUUGCUAAUUUGUGGAAAAUGAAUGGCCAUAAUAAUAAUAACAAUAAUUAUAACAACAAUAACAACGAAAAACAUAACCACCGCUUAAUUCAUAAGACCUUAAAGAGAAAAACCAAGCUACCACAAGUUUUGCGUAAUGCCUUGAAUAACAGCGAUGAAGUUCGAUAUUACCAUCAAACUUUGAGCUGCGAAAGUACUAAAUUGGAGAAGUUGCACUUUAUAAUUGGACAUGCUAUUAUGAAACCACAGCUUAGAGAUGAAAUAUUUUGUCAACUUUGUAAACAACUUACGGGAAAUUCAAGUCAAAGUUCUUCAGUCAAAGGUUGGAUUUUGUUGACUUUGUGUUUGGGUUGUGUACCACCAAGUCGAAGAUUUGAAAAAUUCCUUCGAGCCUUUAUCCGAAGUGGACCAGAACAAUUUGCUGAAUUUUGUGAGCAGGCGUUAGAUAGAACCCUCAAAAAUGGAGCUCGGAAACAACCACCAUCUUGGUUGGAACUUCAAGCCAUCCGCAAGCGAUCUCCAAUCACUUUGAACUUUUUCCUCAUGGACGAAAGCAUAAAAAGACUUCAAAUCGAUUCAAGUUCAACAGCUAAAGAAGUCGUUGAUCAACUUUCUGAGAAUAUGGGUCUUGUCGAUAGAUUUGGCUUCUCGAUUAUCAUAUCUCUGUUUGACAAGUCGCUUUCAUUGGGUUGUGAAAAUGAGCACAUAAUGGAUGCAAUUUCAAACUGUGAACAAUACGCCAAAGAGCAAGGCCACGAUGAACGAACAGCUCCGUGGAAGUUAUUUCUGCGAAAAGAACUCUUCACUCCUUGGUAUGAUCCGUCUCUAGAUCAGCUAGCUACGCAAUUGGUCUAUAAACAGGUCACACGAGGACUAAAUUUGGGAGAAUAUCGCUGUAAGUCAGAGAAAGACGUCGCUAUGUUGUGUGCUAUUCAGUAUUUUAUAGAGUACGGCCCAACUAUUGAACCAAAUAUUCUUCACACACUGAUACCUAACUGCGUCCCUAAAGACUUCUUAGCAACUGGUGAAAAAGCAGUCAAGACAUGGGAAAACCUUAUAACCAACGUUUUCAACAAAGUAAAUUAUUCCAAAAACAAUAUUUCCAAAAACUCUGCCCUUGAAGAUGUGGCAAUUUAUGCUCAUCUAACUUGGCCAAUGGUGUUCUCGAGAUUUUUCGAAGCUAUUCGUCUAACGGGCCCAAGACUUUUGAGUGAUAAGCUUGUGAUUUCAGUGAAUUCGUUAGGUGUCUUUUUGAUUGAUGAGUUUGAACAGGUUCUGGCUGAGUUACCAUAUCCGGAAAUUCAUUCAGUGGUUUCGGUGAUCGAUGAAGAUGAACUUCAAAUCAAUACAAUUCAAAAAGAAGACUUUAGUUUCAAGUGUCAAGAGUCGAAAGAUCUUAGUGAUCUUAUCAACUUUAUACUUGGUAAUUUGAGAAAUCGCUCGAAAUAUGUCGUUGCCAUUAAAGAUUAUAAGCCAUCGGGCCGAGGAGCUGCAGAUCAUCUAAGAUUAACUAAAGGUGAUCUUGUUAUAUUGGAAAAAGGUAUAACUGGAUCGAUGGUUUUAGAUAGACAGACUCGUUGGGCUCAUGGGGAAUGCAAUGGGCUUAAAGGAGCCUUUCCAACAGAAGUUGUAUAUGUUGUUGCUUCAUUAGCUAAACCUUCAAAGUGGAUUAUGGAGAUCUUUAAAGAAAGCGAUUUAAUGAGUAGAAAAGAAGAAGCAGUCUCGAACUAUACAACUGUACAACGGAAAAAAAUGCAUACUUUGAGAAAGUUUGCUGAACUUCAUUUCCGACCGAACAAAAGCGAGCCUUUUUAUUUGGAGAAUGUAGAUGAGCUUUGGAGUCAUACUAGAGAUCCAAUCACAGAGCCAUUGCUCAAAAAGCUUCAAAGAGAUCGUGAUUUGAUGGAAAAGUCUAUAUUGAUCUUCAGUUUUAUUUUAAAGUAUAUGGGUGACAUACCACGAGGAAAAACUCUAGUGGACACAGAUCUCAUCUUUAGACCAGCACUCGAAAAUGAACAUCUCCGUGAUGAAGUUUAUUGUCAGCUUAUGAAACAACUAACUGAUAACCAUGUUCUGUACAGUGAAGAACGUGGAUGGGAUUUAAUGUGGCUUGCAACAGGAGUUAUGUGCCCCAGUUCACUGGUGUUGAAAGAACUUUUUGAAUUUCUUCGAACUCGAAAACAUCCCAUAGCAAUGGAAUCUUUGAAGCGAGUUCGUAAGACUUUGGCCAGUGGUCAGCGAAAAUAUCCACCAUUUAUAAGAGAAAUUGAAGCAAUACAAAAUCGUAGCACGAUAAUUUAUCAUGAAGUACAUUUUCCUAAUAAUUAUAGAGAAAAAAUUGAGCUAAAAUCAUCGACUAGAGGUUUAGAACUUUGCACAUACCUUGCCAACCGUUUUAAUCUAAAAUCCCUGGAAGGGUUUAGUUUGUUCGUGCGAAUUUGCGAUAAAGUGUUUUCUAUUCCCGCAGACGAAUUUAUAUUUGACUUCAUCAGCGAGUUGGUAAAGAGUAUGAAAGAAGUUAUGACAGUUCGUGAAUUAGAAAACAAUCAUUUCCCCUAUGAGUUGUAUUUCAUGAAGAAACUGUGGCUGGAUGUAAUUCCAGGAAGGGAUUUAAAUGCUGAUCAUUAUUUUUACUUUGCUCAAGAAGUUCCUAAAUAUCUCCAUGGAUAUUAUAAUAUUUCAACAAAGAAAGCAGCAUACAUAGGUGCAAUUUUAUAUCGGAUUCAAUUUGGUUUGAAUUCGAAUCCGUUGCAUAGAAUUCAUGAAGUCCUUCCGAAAAUUCUACCUAUCGAUGUAAUUCCAUUAGAAAAAAGCAAUGAUUGGAAGACAGAAAUCACAAAGGUGUUCGAAGAACUUGGUGAUUUGAAUAAAAUCGAUGGAAAGAAUAAGUUUCUCGAAGAAAUUUCAAAAUUUUCAAUGUUUGGUUCGACAUUUUUUGUUGUCCAACAAACAAACGAUCAUAGUCUGCCGGAAACUCUUUUGAUUGCAAUUAAUCGGCAAGGAUUUCAUAUUAUGGAUCCAAAAACAAAGGAUAUUCUUCAAAAGUAUGGAUACUCGGAAUUGGGUCUAUGGAGUUCGGGAAAUACUUUCUUUCAUAUUCGAUUUGGUAAUAUGAUUGAUGCUUCUAAGCUUCUUUGCUGCACAACUCAAGGCUAUAAGAUGGAUGAUUUACUAUCGUCUUACAACAAGUAUUUCCACGAUCAGUAUAAAUGAUAUUUAGCUAUCAAUAAAGAAUUUCUAAU